AUGGAUUCAAAGGGAGUUCCAUCCAUUACCAUACUCAUCCUCUCCCUUAGCAUCUUCUUCUUCUUCUUCACUACUCAUAGCUCCGCACAAGGUCCGACUGUGUCACCGUCGUCAUCACCACUGCCGAUUUGUCCUGAUUUGCGUGUUUGUGUCUCUCUUUUGAGAGAUUUUGCACAUAUUGUUGUUGGCUCUCCAAAAUCAGAGCCUUGUUGCUCCCUCAUCGCUGAUCUUGUAGAAGUUGAUGCUGUUGUUUGCCUUUGUGCAGUAGUCAAGGCUAAUGUUUUAGGAAUAAACAUUAAUGUUCCUGUCAAGGAAAUAUUAAGGGUUUGUGAACGUAAUGCACCCGCUCUUGCUUCAUGCCAAUAA